GCGGGGCUGUUUCCUCAGGCCGGCACCCACCCAUCGCAGCAGCGCGGCUGUUCCUUGUACUGGCCUCCCCUCCCGCCUCAGGCGGGCUGUUCUCUGUACCAGGCGCUCCCCCUGGCGGGAGGGGCGGGGGCAAGGACUGUCCCGGCCGGCGCUGAUCUUAGGCUGCCAUUGGCCGCUGUCUGCGCUGACGUCACGAUCAUGAUGAGAAUUAAUGAUCGGAGGCGCUGAUUUCAUUGUGUGACGCCGGGACCGACCCAGCCGAAACCGGCUGAAUCCGGAGCCCCCCGGACCAACUCCGCCCGCCCCGCAGAGCACGGGGAGUCACACGCAGAGGAUUGCAAUGUGAAAGGGGUCACCAGUACAAAAGUUUGAGAACCACUGCUGUAGCCUGUUACACAGGCUGGAUCCUGCAUUCCUUGGGCAACGAAAACCUCCAAAUGAAUCUGCGUUCUGUAUUUACUGUAGAACAACAAAGGAUAUUACAGCGUUAUUAUGAAAAUGGAAUGACAAAUCAAAGUAAAAAUUGCUUUCAGCUCAUAUUACAGUGUGCACAAGAAACUAAGCUGGACUUCAGUGUAGUCAGGACUUGGGUUGGCAAUAAAAGAAGAAAGAUGAGCAGCAAGAAUGUUGCAGAAUCUGGAGGCACCCCACCAAGGACUGUUCCUAGCACCCCUACAGUGCCUCCAGAAGUAGCAGUCAGAAAUGUGGUAAACAUUGCUCGAUCCCAAAGCCAGCAGUCUUCUUGGACAUCAUCUAACAAUGAUGUAAUAGUAACUGGUAUAUAUAGCCCAGCUAGUUCAUCCAGCAGGCAGGGAUCCACAAAACAGACUAAUACUUCAAUGACUGAGAUACAUAAAAACUCUAUUCAGAGACCACCUGGAAAAAGUGAUACAGAAUUUCAGCAGCAGCAUAUCCCUGUAGGACGACAAGCACCACAUUGUAAAGGUGCUUCGCUGCUCCUGGGGGAAAAAACUAUUAUUUUGUCAAGACAAACAAGUGUGUUGAAUUCUGCAAACUCCAUAUACAAUCAUACUAAGAAAAAUUAUGGUGGUUCAUCAGUCCAGACUGCAGAGUUGGUGUUACCUCAAAAGCCAAUAAUAUGCCACAGGCCAUGUAAAGCUGAACCAGUGGGGAGUCAGAGAUUACACAAAACAGAACACACAGCCCUUGCAUCACACAUCCCAUCUGGACAAAGAGCCAAUGUUCGAGACCCUUCUUGUAGCACACAAAACUUGGAAAUUCGUGAAGUUUUUUCCUUGGCAGUUACCAAUCAACCUCAAAGAAUUAUGGGAGGAAAUACAACACAGAAGCCUUGUUCAGUCGAAGGCAGUUGCCUGUCCAUUGCAAUGGAAACCGGAGAUGCUGAUGAUGAAUAUGCUAGAGAAGAAGAGCUUGCAUCUAUGGGAGCACAAAUACAAAGUUAUUCAAGAUUUUGUGAAAAUAGCAGUUCCCUUCGAGUGGAGAACCAAAGCACAGCUUUGUCUGGACCAGGCAGAAAUGUGAGCUGCAGUUCACAUAUGGUGAAUGCCAGGGACUUGCCUGACAAUAUAUUAUAUCAUAACAGAGACUAUCGCUUGCCUCCACGGACCUCAUUACAUACACCAUCCAGUACACUGUAUAGUAGUGCUAAUCCAUCAAGAAGUAACUUUUCUCCUCAUUUUACAUCUUCAAAUCAAUUGAGGCUGUCACAAAACCAAAACAACUACCAGAUUUCAGGAAACCUCACUGUGCCUUGGAUUACAGGGUGUUCCAGAAAAAGAGCACUACAGGACCGCACACAGUUUAGUGACCGAGAUUUAGCCACUCUCAAGAAAUACUGGGACAAUGGCAUGACCAGCCUGGGCUCAGUCUGCAGAGAAAAAAUUGAAGCUGUUGCUGCAGAAUUAAAUGUUGACUGUGAAAUAGUGCGGACUUGGAUUGGGAAUCGAAGACGAAAAUAUCGUUUAAUGGGGAUUGAAGUCCCACCCCCUAGAGGAGGCCCUGCUGAUUUCUGUGACCAUUCUGAAUCUGGUGCUAAAUCAGCACUUACUCCAGGAGAGGAAACUGCUACUGAAGUGGGAGAUGAUAAUGAUAGGAAUGAUGAAGUGUCAAUCUGCUUAUCUGAAGGAAGUUCACAAGAAGAAACCAGUGAAGUUAUUCAAAAUGAAGAAAUUGGUCACAAAGAAGAGGACCAAAAUACAUUAUCUGCAGAUAAUGUGAAAAUAGAAAUUAUAGAUGAUGAAGAAAGUGAUAUGAUUAGUAAUUCUGAAGUGGAUCAGAUGAGCUCUCUUUUGGAUUAUAAGAAUGAAGAAGUUAGGUUCAUUGAAAAUGAAUUGGAGAAUCACAAACAGAAAUAUUUUGAACUACAGACAUUCACUAGGAGCUUGAUACUUGCUAUUAAAUCAGAUGAUAAAGAACAGCAGCAGGCACUGCUGUCAGAUUUACCUCCUGAAUUAGAAGAGAUGGAUUUCAAUCAUGUAUCUCCAGAGCCUGAUGAUACCUCAUUCAGCUUGUCGUCUUUAUCAGAGAAAAAUGCCUCGGACAGUUUGUGAUCUUUGGAGAAAAAUAAUAUAUAUAUACAAUCUUAGACUGCCUAACAGGUGUGCAUUUCAAGAUAACUGCAUUUUGUUACCUGAUAUCAUUCAGUCAACAAAAACCUGGGUUAACUAGGCAGACCUUGCUGAAGGGUGAAUGUGAUGUGAUAUGACUGCAACUUGUGGUGACAAGAAAUAUGGAACUUUGUUUUUGGCAAGUGAUAAAGCUACAUGGAAAAAGUUUUAGUUUUUAGCAUCACAGCCUUGAUUAAGGUCAUUUAUAAUUUUCCAAAAUAAUUCUUGCUUUGUAGCAAAAUCUAUUCUGAGCAGGGAUCCAAGAAUGGAAAAUAAAUUGCAGUUACACAGCCAGGUAACAUUUCAGCGUUGCUUGUCAUGUAAGACUCACCAGUCCUGUUUGUGAUCAUUGCCUUUUCCCUUGCCCCUUCUAACUCAGGUAGGUGGACUGAAAAUUGGGAAUCCAGAUGGAAAAAUGAGCUUGUUAUGGGCAAAUGGGCAGAGUUGUUCUUGGACCCCUGAAAAAAUCUGAAUUAAAAGAUUAAACUAAGGUGCAUAUUGGUAUAUAAGUGCAACUUGUUGAGUCUCCCAUUAUCUCAUAAAAAUGUCUGAAAAACACUUGGAAGACGAAGUGAAUAAAUUUAAUUGGCUUCAAUAAAUUACUAAUGUACAGAAGCAGACCUAAAUGUUGUAAACCAUUAGGCUUUUACUGGAAACUCUUGAUUGCUGGAGAAGGCAACUGUUUCUGGUAUUCUUACUAUAGUGAUGGAAUUAGAUAAUGUUACACCAAUAUUUAGAGUUUUACGGUCAUAGUGAUGUUUUUAUUUCACUUCAUUUUAUAAAACCUGAACAGUAAAGGCUCUGGUUCAUGAAGAUUCAAGAAUCAGCUACAUGGAUUUUCUACAAACUAUACUCUAUUUUAUUGCAACAGUGCUGUCAGCCAAGGACAGUUUUCAUCCCGUCUCCCUCCAAAGCUGUUUUAGUGUUGGAAUCUGGGCCCCACAAAUUUCCUCAGUGUGAUUCAUUGAUUAAUUAGCCCAAUUUAAUACAUUGUGUCAUUCCGCCAGCAGACUCCAGGUGCUGAAAAAGAAUAAAUUUAGCUGAAGUUUCUAAACUGUGUGCCUGAUAGCUUUAGCCACUCUCUGCUAACUUACCCUUUCUCAGCGCUCAUUCAUACUAAAUCUCUCAUCUCAUUUGAAUAAAUACAUUCACCCUGACACAUUCAAAUAAGUUCAGUAUGGUAAACAGUACUGCGGCAUACAGCUAGAAUUUGGUAAUUUCUAGUCUGAAUAUUUACAAACUGGCCUCACUAAAACCUUAGGUCACACCAGCUUGAGAGCUAGAUUCUUUCACCCUUACGCUGAAUGGUACCUUAUUCUGUGAGUAGUCCCACUGAAAUUAAUGAGACUAUUUACUGUAUAAUGGGAGAAAGGGUUGAACAAUCUGGUCUUUCUAAAUGAAAACAGUCUUAAGUGUCCAAAAAGGAAAAUCCAUGCACCCUCUGUCCAUCUUCUCUCUUAAACUGAAUUCCUGUUCCCAGGUGUUCAACAAACUGCUGUCAGAACUUUUUCUGAGGGACAAAUGUAUUCUAUGAUAAAUAUGGUGUUAAUGUAUUAACUUCCUUCGAGCCCUAAAUCUGACAGUCAUUUCAACCCAGUACUGUGAGAAACAAUCACUGUACUGUAUUUAAAUAUAUUAUACAUUUAAUUUACAUUACUAUACACCCUCAGACAAUAGGUGUGAUUUAUGAUAGGUUUUCUGCUCUGAGUUAUUAACUGUACUUUCUCUAGAUAGGAAGAUCCAGCAACUGACAAUAAACCCUCAUGUUUUCAGGAAGCUUUACUGAAGAAAUUUAAAAUGUGGUGUCUGGCCCUCAUGCUCCACAACUUGGACCUUAAUUCCCUGUUACUUCUCCUUGACAUGGUAUGACAAAAGGCAGCAUCUUCUUAAAGCUAAUUCUUAAUUUUGUGGUCUAUGAAUCUUUUUGCAAUUUCACCUUUUAUACUAGGUUUCAGAGUAGCAGCCGUGUUAGUCUGUAUCCGCAAAAAGAAAAGGAGUACUUGUGGCACCUUAGAGACUAACAAAUUUAUUUGAGCAUAAGCUUUCGUGAGUGGAAAACACUGCAUGCAUCCGAUACAGUGAGCUAUAGCUCAUGAAAGCUUAUGCUCAAAUAAAUUUGUUAGUCUCUAAGGUGCCACAAGUAUUCCUUAUCUUUUACACUAGUAGCCAAGUAGAAUUUUAUCACUGCCAUUAGUAAUUUUGUAUUGUUCUGACCUGAUUUUUUCCUGACACAACAUCAAACUAAAUCAGCAAGUUCAGAUUGGAUGAACUGUGCCAAAAACAGAAUUCAGUAAACUAGAAUCCUGGUUCAUGAUAUACAUCUAAAAUCCUAGGCUCCACACUCCUUGGCUGGAGUCUGUACUCAGUGUAUUCCUUUGAGCAAAAUAUGCUUUGGCUCUUUCUGCAAUAUAGGAUAACAGAGCAUUUAUAAUAAAAUAGACAUGCUUUCACAUCCAGAAACAAUCAGCAGCAAUGUAGGAUGUUCCUAUGUAAUAAGAUGCUCUAUAGAGCAGUACUAUACAGUUGUAUGAGUACCUCCAUGCUUCUCCUCAAAAUAACCUUCAUCCAUAAUACCUGCAACAUGAAAAACAAAACUCUUAAUGGUGAGUUAUUACCAGUGCUAGUUAAAAAUAUUGAGGAAAUAUAGAUUUACAGGACAGAGGCUGCAGAACAGCAGAUUUGCUCUUUUACUGCACAGUAUGGUAAAAACUCGGAAGAACAAUUAUCUCUGAAAGUCAUGAGUGGCCAUUUCUGAAUAUUGCAUUCCAGCCAUGCUCUGUCACCACACAUAUCUCAUGGCUUCAUGAUCUGAUGUUCUGUUCUCCAGAAAGACAGCUAGAUAUAAUAAUUAAAUUCACAGGUUCAGAUUAGUGAGCAUGACAUCAGCAAGUCCCCCUAUGUCUCCAGUUCUUUAUUUGCUGCACCCUUUCUCUUGUUUUGGCAUCUGGUUGGGGAGCAGUGCUUGUCUAGGAAGGUGCACACACUCUUCAUAUUAAAUGUUUGUGGAGGGUGAGGUUGGAAGGUGCUUCUCCAGUUCUGCGAUCAAACACAGGGCUAUGGUCUUGGCCAAAUUCAGUCCUGACCUCAAUGGGUGCAUCUUCUAUUCACUUAAAUUGUGACCAUGGAAGAUAGGGCAGAAUUUGGUCCUAAGAUCUCAUAUUGUCCAUCCAUACUUCCAGCUAAAUUUGUCAUGAUAGCUAGCUGAUCUGUGUCUAAUGCCCAGAAGAGAACACCUUGAUGUUCGUCUCCUGAAUGAAUUCUAGGUAUUCUCCAGCUGACAGAAAGCAAUGAUGGCUCUGUUGAUCUUGGACAUUUUUAGGAUUUUGGUUUACAAUUAUUUCCUUUGUUCAGAGGUAGAUGCUAAUUCAUCUUCCACUGCACUAUAGAUUGCAAGGAGGAUUUAUUUUUCCAUAAAAAAUGGGAGAAAUAAUCAUAGCUGGUACUAUGGUACCACAGAGGAAGUAUUAAAAAGCAGCCAUUUCACUUCUUUGGAUCAUAAAGUUAAACAACAGAUACAGCAAGAGUGCCAUGAGUUGAAGAACCUUCCAUCAACUUCCUGCUUUGUCAGUGAGGGAUGACUUUAGAGACAUUGUUUAUUCCUGACACAUCUUUUGCAACAUGGAUUAUAGAAGAGUGUACAGUAAUUCCUCACUUAACAUUGUAGUCAUAUUCCUGAAAAAUGCAACUUUAAGCUAAAUGAUGUUAAGCAAAUCCAAUUUCCCCAUAAGAAUUAAUUUAAAUAGAGGCGGGGUUAGGUUCCAGGGAUUUUUUUUUUGCCAGACAAAAGGCAUUAUAUACAUUUUAAACAAUUUUAAACAAGCAAUUUAAUACUACAGUCAUCAUUGCUGAGUAUGAAGCUUGGUUGAGGUGGUGGAGUCAGAGAAUGGAAGAGGGUAGAUUGUCCCCCUGCUCCUCUUGCAAGCACAGGCACUGACUUUGCCAGGGAUGGGGGGCUCAACCCUCGGCCCGCCCACUCCAUCCCUUCCCCCAAAUCCCCACCCUUAACCCACCUCUUCUCCUCCCCCUUUACUCUGUGCGUUGCGUCCUUACUUCUCCCUCUCCUGCCCAUGGCAGUCAGCUGGUUUGCGGCGUUCAGGAGGCAGGGGGGAGGGGGAUGGAGGGAGGACUUGGCGCGCAGCCUCCCCGGCCUCGUGCCCACAGCAAUCAGCUGGUUUGCGGCGUUGAGGAGGCAGGGGAGGGAGAGGGAGCCUGCGCACUGUGUCCUUUCUCCUACCUCCUGAGCACCGCAAACCAGCUGAUUGCUGCGGCUAGGAGGCGGGGGGAACAGAGGGAAGGCACUGAUCCGCGGGGUCUGCCAGCAGGUGGGAGGCGCUGGGGGGGGUGCGUGGGGGUGCUGAUAGGUGGGCUGCCAGCCGUGGACAAAGCAGGCGGCCAAACGACGUUAUAGCAGAGCAUUGCACAACUUUAAACAAGCAUGUUCUGUAAUGGAGAAGGGAUGUAAGUUCGAAACAAUGUUAAGCGGGAGGAUGUUAAGUGGGGAGUUACUGUAUCUUACUUGGAAAAAGCCUAACGUGAAAAAAGGCAAUUGAUAACUGACAUGCAUUUUAAACCAGCAAUAAGGCGCUAUCUCCCUGUAGGGAGAAAUGAAAGUAUGUCUCAUGCUAGUCAACUUGCUAUACCUAGGGAAAGUUGUACCCUUGAGAAGUGCUUGUCUUCAUUUCCUGAAAAUGUUUCCUGUAUUGCCUACAGUGCUAACAGGAGUGAGUAGUAAUGAAUAUUUCUAGUCAGUAAAUUAAGCAGGUAAGACUUUAAAUACACAUGGAGAAUUGAUCUAUUAAGAAGGUGUUCUUUUUCUUAAGUAGUCACUUUUGAGAGUAGCAUUGGACUUUAAUAUUAAAGUACCUUUUGUGUGACCGAAGUCAGUACUAAAAAUGAUAAGAAAAAAAGAGCUUUGCAGCUCCUCAGAGACAAAGUGGGGAGCAAAGUAAGGAGAUAAACCAAAAAUGUAACAUGCCAACUUAAAUUAGGAAGCAGUUAAUCACCUCUACCCACCAAAUGAAGAGAGAGUAUGGGUGUCAAAUAACAAUGCAGUUAUACAAUCAGAAUUAUAUGGCAGGAAUAUGUGUGUUGAAAACCUUAUUGUGGAACUUACUGCUGCACAGUGGUCACCUAUCUAAUAGCAGAACUGUACUACUGUGACCAUAUUAGUAAGCAUUAACCCUUUAAAAACUAGUUGGGUAGUGCUGCCUUUCCCAUCGGCACUUAGCCAUAGCAGAUUCUUGCUCUCAGGAUUCUGAUGGCAUGAGGAAAGAAAAUAAUUAAUGCACAUGAAUGGAAAAUUAAGCAGAGCAUCUGAAAAAUCAAAAUUUAGUUUACCGAUAACGUUACAACCAAAAGCUUAAUUUACUGUACUGUACUUUACUACCUCCAGUUCCACUACCCAGAUCUGUCAGCAACAACCAGUUAUACAAUAGGCUGGCUUAUUUAUAGAACAGUGUAUCUUUAUCUUUGAAGCAUUCUUUCAACUUUAAUAUGAGGUUCUGCUUUCUUUGUCUAAAAAUCCAAGACUGCAUGAGUUAAUCAGUUAUCAAAUUUCCGAUCAAAGUCAGAAAAUGGCUGGAACAAAAUCUCUGACUAACUACUCGUCAGAAGGCAUCAGUGCCACAUUUUGGCAUCUGAUUUGUCCAGCAAGUUAAUAUUUUACCACACUGGCUGACCAAAUUUUGCAGCCUCAAAAAAGCUAUGGGCAAAAAACUAAAUUGUACCAGAAGACUGGAACAGCCUUUGGCAGAUUGCACUGUACCACAUUUCACCAAAGCAGAACCCACAGUUUUACUCAAAUCAAAAAGCCUGUUUCCCUGUGACCAAAAACGGCUAGCAUUCUGCUUAGAGGAUGCAAGAUACAAAAAAAAAAGAGUGAUUUAACAAAAAAGCAAAUCUCUAAUCAAGAAAUGUUAAAAGAAUGUUCCUUUAAGGUGAAUGCUUUCUGGUAAUUUCUGUGGUAAUGUUAAGCAUUUUCACUGUAUCACUGAAUAAGUCCUUUAGAAUCCUGUGUUACAUUUUACACAUACUACCUCUGAAACAUAAUACCACCUUAAGACCACAUCAAAAAAUGUGAACUUUUUUUGUUUUUUAACUUUAUAAUGGGCAAUAACUUCCAAUAGACAUAUUUUCCUUCAGCUUUAUACUCAUUUUUAGUAAAGUGUUUGUGUUGCAUUUAAGAUUUAUGCUUUUUAGUUUUGUAUAUUUUUCUUUAGUUUUCCCCCUUUUUUUUUUUUUUUUCUCUUCCAAGCUACUCAAACUUUUGACAAAGGAAAGCAACGAAUGAUGACAUGACUCCUAGCAGCAAAUAUCUCCAAUGGCUGGUGAUGGGACACUAUAUGGGGAGGGCUCUGAGUUACAAUAGAGAAUUCUUUCCCUGGUGGGUCUUCCCCACAUGCUCAGGGUCUAACAGAUAGCCAUAUUUGGGAUCCGGAUGGAAUUUUCCCCAGGGUCAGGUUGGCAGAGACCUUGGUUUUUUUUGCUUUCUUCUGCAGCAUGGGGCACUUUCAGGUUUAAACUCGUGUAAAUGGUGGAUUCUCUGCAACUUGGAAGUCUUUAAAUCAUGAUUUGAGGGCUUCAGUAACUCAGCCAGAGGUUAUGGGUCUAUUACAGGAGUGGGAGGGUGAGGUUCUGUGGCCUGCAAUGUGCAGGAGGUCAGACUAGAUGAUCGUGAUGGUCCCUGACCUUUGAGUCUACAAUAUGGGGAAGAAAAUAUGGCAUGUAUAUGUUAGGGUCAAUGGAAAUGUUACCAUCUUCUGCGUUCAAAUACUGUUAAGAUAGUAAAUAGCUGUGAUGUGUUUGGUGCAGCUAUUGCAGGCAAUAGAUAUUGCACUUAGAGAGCUCAAUCAGUGCCAAAGGACUAAUGUGACAUUUCCUAACAUAAAACAAAUUAAUUUCUGUGAUGGAAAGCAGCCAAGUGAUGAAUCUCAGCUACAAACUGAAAAGAGUAAGAUUUAAAAUCUAAUGGGUACAUCACUAUAUGGGAUUAAACUAAUCUAUCUUUAGUUUUUGUUUGCAUCUACACUUGUCUGCACAGAAAGAGAGUAUUUUUAUUUGCAUACAAUAAAGGGUCAAAUCCUAGUCUAAGAAUAAUCAGUGGCAAAGCUCUCAAUUUUAACUGGAUCAGGAUUUGGCGCCAAGUGCAGACCAAACUGCCUAUAAAAGUUUCACAUCAAAAAGAAAAGUGCCCUUGUAAUUUCCCACCAACCCAUGAAAUAGUUUGCAGACUGUUUAAAAAAAAAAAAAAAUUUAACGUGUUAGGUGUGGGGAGAAAGUCAGGUGCACAUAAACAUGUCAGUUGAAUCAACAAAAUUAACAAACUUUUUAAAAAAUAUUUUGGUUUUCAUUCAAUAAAGCAUGGAUAUAAACUGAAUGCGAAGGAUCUCUUAAAUGGAAAAUUUGGCUUUUGGAAGGUGGAAGUAUAAAAUUAUGGAAACUCCAUUGAAAAUGUGUCUUAUGAUAAACUGUGCUCUCAUAGAAAUUAAAUACAAUUUACUAAGUUUAUUACAUACAUCAUUUGUGUGUGUUUUGUGUGUGUGUACACACAUAUAGUUAUAAAACACUAAGUUAAAUAUGAUUCACUCACAUUAGCACCAUCAAAGGCAUCUUCACUUGAGGAAAUUCCAAAUGCAAUAUUUGUAAAGUAGAUAUCAGUUGUAACAGGUAACUACCACCUCAUUUUUGUUGUUUCUCAUAUUCAAGACAUACUUUUGGAUUAAAUUGAACGCAUCCAUAUAAAUAUUGAUUAUAGUUAAUCUUUCAUAAUUCAGAAUAAUGCUGCUAGGUUUAGGCUUAAAACUGUCUUGAAAAGCCCAGUAUAAUACUACACCUAAGUAAUCUCAGCACACAAACUGUGCUGAACUCAUGAAGAGUUUAAACAAUCUUCAACCAAGACAGAGUCCACUUUAGUUUCACUAAAGUUUGAAAAAGGUGACUUCACUGAAAGUUUAAGUGUUACUAUAUAAGCUGGUAUGCUAUUUUAAUUUGCCUACAAAGUGUUAAGGUAACUCAUUCUCUUUAACUUAAUAUGAUGUCCUUUUGAGCCAAUUUGGCAAGUUUUGUAAAUUUAGUAUAAUACUGAAUUUCUCUGUGAAAAUCAAUAUUUAUAUUGCAUUUUUAUUGUAUGUAUCAGUAUGUGUAGCAAAAAGAUUUACCAAUCUUGAACUUGAGUACCUCUAUUAAGAUCCAGGAUAUAUGAUCUUGGUUUAUUUGAAAGAUGGAUGCCAAGUGAAAUAUUCCAUCCACUUUUAUUGAUCUUGUCUGUGUAUAUAUAAGGGUAUUUAUAAUCUUAUGUUAACAAAACUCAUAAUGAAAAAUGGUUAUUUCCUUCUUUAGAAACCUGCCCAGCUAUUUUUAUAUAAAUGUUGGUCUCUGCCUUAACUUUUUUGUGAAAAUUUGUGCCAUAGAAUAUUCUAACUUAACUACAGAUAGUUUACAGAACUUGCUUUGGCUCAUCUUUGGUUCACAUUUAAGUAAACUGUGACCAAUUUUAUGUGGUUAUUUGAUAGUUAAAUUAAUCUUUUUUGCUUAAAGUUGUUUUAAUUUAUUUAUCCUGUAUAUCUGUAUCAAGGGUUUCUUCCCUAAUCUUUUUUGUCCUUUAAAGCUUUUGAAUCUAUCCUCAUAUGCACGCUUUGUUAGUUUAAGAAGUAAUAACUUUUCAUUAGUUUAUCAUAUAUAGUUUGGCAAAACCUUUAAGAAAUUGAGUCAAUGGUUAUAAAAAAAAUGUAUCUAUAUUGACCCAAUUGGUCAGAGUAAAGGGCUAUUUACCUUUGGUAAAUUUGUCUACUAGACUCAAGGAUAUUUUUCUAAGUCGAUCAGGUUUGGGAAUCUGGAGAAAUGAAAUAAAGGUUAACGAAUUCAUUUUCCUA